AUGAAAACAAGUGAGAUGGUACCAAACCUCACUGAACCGUUAGAAAUUUUUUCAAAUCCAAUGAGUUCGGAACAUCUUGCCAAGAUUAUUAGUUUUACGAAUGAAAAACAAUUAUGCCAUAAUAAAACCCUUCUUAAACAUUUUCAUCAAAUAGCAGAUCAAAGCCAUUUACUUCUGGGACCACUGAAUGAAUUCCCUUUAACCACUGUAGAAGUACCUAACUUUACAGAUGUCGUAGCCAAAUCAAAGGCUGAGCCAGAAGAAACACUUUCAGAGGAUACCGGUGUCAUUCAAAAAGAAGUUGAAAAUUGCAGUUAUGUAAUGAGCAUGAAAGAUGAGAAAGGUGAGGAAAAAAUCAAUGCUAACGGUUUACUAACUGGUAACAAAAAGUGCUUCUUGUUCGAUAUUUUCACAUUUAACAAGGAAAACUCGGAUACUCAACAAUAUUUUGUAUUAGUAAACGACUUGAUUAAAGCGUUACUUUAUACGGGUACAGAAGAAGAGUUUCUUUCUGAUUACAAGAAUUUAUUACCAUUGGUUGCCACAGGGGAGGAAUUAGACUUUCUUAGAGAUCAUGCGCUCGCAAAUAAUGAAAACCUAUGUAGGUACGUGACUACAAAAUCAGCUUUCGUUCAGUUCGGUGCUCAAGUAGUAACUUCUGGAUUUAGGAUAAUUGAUGAUUAUUGGGAAGAUAUCGCUUUAAAACAAAACUUAACACCUCAUCAUAGAGUUCACAAAUAUUCAGACAGGCUAAUUGAUAUAUUGCAUACAUUAUAUCCGUCAUCAUUUGAAGAUAAAGAUAACGAAACGCAUUUGGCUGACGAAAGAAUUACACAGUCCUUAGAAAGGGAUAUCGAUCCAAAACAACUUGAAUAUCCAGCACAACUUGUUUCUGAACAGAACUCCAAAGAAAUACGCGAGGAUUAUGGAAGAAAUUUCAAUCUUGGUCAACAUAUUGAUGUAGUUGUACCAGGCCAAAACAUUGUCGGGUCAGUGGAACUAAAUUCUCAGUUCAGGAUACCAAAAUAUCAUAGCAAAAACUCAUUCUUGCAAGCUUCUCAAAUAGGCGGUUUGGAUGUAUCUAUCGGUAAACAUUCAGAUAUUUUGAAUCCCAGUGUAAAGUCGUCAACGGAACUCGGAAUAUCGGGUGAACUCGUAACUAACUUUCCACUUGAGAAGACAUAUGGUGUAGGAGGUCUUAAGAAUGCUCCUACUAAUAGUAUCUCCAAUACUGUAUUAACUGAAGGAUUAUUACCAACCAAUAUUGUUCAUCAAGUCACGCAGUCAAAGUUCAAUAUUAAUGGUUGGAAGUUCGAUACGCUGCCACUAAAAAAUAAAAACGAUAAUUUGCACCCACCAUACUCGAUAAAGGGUUUGCCUUAUUUUGAUGAAGACAAGCUAUUUCGAAGAUUGAAUUGUUUAACGCCUAACCAAAUCAAAGAUGUUGAACAUUUACAUGAUUCUCUGUUUCUUAACACUGGUCUACAGAAUGUUAGAACGAUAAGGAAGAAAAAAUGGCAGAAGUAUUGGCAAUAUAAAUCUGGUAUCCCAAUUGGCCUUCAAAGGGGCCAGAGGGCAGAAUUUUUAAAAAAGUACCUUCCUAACCUUAUGAAUGAGACCAUCGUUACAACAACAUAUAAUGAAACUACCAAUACGGAUGAAACUAGGAAGACUAGAAAGAUUGUAAAUCCAAACUUUAUUGGCAAUUCAAACAUUAAAGGAUUUAAGCCUCCCUAUAUCUUGCCCCCAAAGGAAGAUCAGGCCCAGAAUGGUUAUUCAUAG